AAUAAUUUAAACAACAAUUAAAAGCUAGUUCAACCUGGUUUAACCCUCCGUCGGGAGGGCGAUAUGGUAUGAUUUUUUAUUGGUUUCAAAGUUGCUACCAUUGACCAAUCACGAAACAAGACUGCGUUUCUCCCUUCUUACCCAGGUUCCCGCGUUAAACGAGACGGCCGUAUGUUGUGACCGGCUUUGACUAAAAAUAUCAAAACAUCAGAAAAUUCAGCUAAAAUAUCGCAAGACAUUGCGAUUUCAUACAUUUCCUGUAUUUUCACGUCUUUGCUCUCUUUGCUCGAAAAAGAAAAAUGUCGCUUUGGGUUGACAAACAUUGUCCUAAAUCGCUCGAAAAGUUGGAUUACCAUGAAGAGCAAGCUCUUCAAUUGAAGGGCCUGGUCCAGCAAGGAGAUUUUCCUCAUUUACUUGUGUAUGGACCGUCCGGAGCAGGAAAAAAGACGCGUGUGAUGUGUCUGCUGCGUGAGCUUUAUGGUUCAGGAACUGAGAGGCUCAGAAUUGAGAAAUUGGAGUUUCAUACAGCGUCGAAAAAAAGACUGGACAUCACAACUAUUAGCAGUAACUACCACAUUGAAGUAAAUCCCAGCGAUGUUGGAAUCUAUGACAGGAUUGUCGUCCAGGAGCUGAUCAAAAAUGCUGCUCAAGCACAACAGUUUGAUGUCAACGGCCAGCGCUCUUUCAAAGUUAUUGUCAUUACGGAAGUAGACAACCUUAGCAAAAGUGCGCAGCAUGCUUUAAGGAGAACCAUGGAGAAGUAUGUGUCGACGUGCCGGCUCAUUUUGAUUGCAAACAGCACUGCUCGCGUCAUUCCUGCAAUUAAGAGCAGGUGUUUGGGCAUCAGGGUCGCUGCCCCCAGCAGUGAAAUGAUUAGCACCACUUUGCAGAACAUCUGCCGAAAGGAAGGUCUCAAUUUGCCUAAAGAGCUGAGCAUGAAGAUUUCUAAUGCUAGUGGUCGCAACCUCCGUCGUGCUAUUUUGAUGACAGAGGCAUGCAAGGUCAAGCAGUAUCCAUUUACCAACAAUCAAGAAGUGGUUGUUCCUGACUGGGAGAUAUACAUUGCCAAGACAGCGACCAUGGCUGUCCAAGAGCAGAGUCCACAGUGUUUGCAGAACAUUCGAGAGAGAAUCUACGAGCUGCUGACCCACGGAAUCCCUGCCGAGAUCAUUUUCCGCGGUCUGUUGAAGAACCUGGUCAAAAAUUGCGACGGCCAGCUGAAAGCACAGGUGACCUACUACGCCGCUGACUACGAAGAGCAGCUGCACAAGGGCUCCAAGCAGAUUUUCCACAUUGAAGCUUUCCUUGCUAAGUUCAUGGCCCUCUACAAAAGUUUUCUGCAGGAAAUGAAUUGAAUGCAUCUUCUUUGUUAAAUAAAUUUUAGAUUUGCCGCA